UUUGCGUGUAUCUGUUCGAUGUCACAAUAUGUUGUUGGCGAUGCUAAUUCACACGACUGUACAGUUGUCAGUUACAGCUCAACAAAACCUUACACCAUUUGGCAUAGCUACACAAAGCACUGUGUAUGGAGGAACUUUAAGUAAUCCAAACAAUGCUAUACUACCACCAAUCUCAAAUGAAUUCGAUUUGAAUAUAUGUUCCCACACAAAAGAUGGAAAUGAUCCAUCUGCAGACUGGUGGAUGUUUCAAUUUUCUUUCGAAUUGGCGUACAUCACAGAUAUAACUAUUUACUACAGAGAAGACUUUGCUUAUCGGAUGGAUGGAUUCAAGUUAUAUGUAACCAACACAUCAACUAUUCCACCUAAUGGUUAUCUAUGUUAUGAAGAUCCUGAUCCAGGUCUCCCAAACAUCACUCAGAAUAUUCCGUGUUAUAAAUCUGGAAAAUACGUUAUCUACUACGAUACUAAAGGCGAUGAAUUUUAUGGACCUGUUGUUGAACUGUGCUACGUUGCUAUAAAUGGAUGCCCAAAAGGUAUGUGGGGACCUAACUGUACCGAGGCAUGUUCAUCUAUAUGUAUAAACCAACAAUGUCAUCCUGAAAAUGGUUCCUGCAUUUGGGGAUGUGAUGCCCAAAGAUGUGUAAAUGGAAGAUGUAAUACACAUACGGGUUUUUGUACUGAGGGUUGUGUAACAGGAUGGAUAGGACAAUACUGUACCUGUGGCAAAUACAAGCAUCGUAAACCAACUAGUCCUCCUAAUGGAAAUAUCUGUAAUGAAGAUCAUGAGCCUGGUUUACAAACCCCUUCAGAAAACUUCCUUUUGUCAACUUGA